AUGCGCUUGACUGGAUGGCCCGAAUACAUGGCGAUGGCUUAUCUUCCGGUCAUCUUAAUUGGACUAACAGGCAACAUUUUGUCUCUUCAUGUCUACACCUCGCCGAAAAUGCGAAAAUCGACAGUGGCAUUUUUGCUGUGCUCUUUAUCAAUAUCCGACAUUUUUGUGCUAUUAUUUGCUCUACCACUUUACAGUAUAUUUCAUCUUCCAGUUUGGGAUGAUCCUUAUGCAUCAUUUUCAACGCGUCGCAUGCUCAUCUCAUUCUCCACCAAAUACCUCUAUCCAUUAUGCAUGAUGGCGAAAACCGCGAGUUUAUAUAUAAUGGUCCUUAUUACGAUUGAGAGAUGGAUUGCAGUAUGCCGACCGUUGCAGGUACUUUUGAAGAAACUGCAAAAAAAAACAAUGACAAGUGGCAACACAAUAAAUAUAUUUUUUUGGGUUCACAUUUUGUGCACAUUCCACAAUUCGGUCAAAGCCGUCAUUGCUAUCAUCAUCUUCUCAGUUGUUCUGAAUUUGCCGAAAUUCUUCGAAUAUGACGUUGGACAUUCCGAAAGAAAUGGCUAUUAUUUGCAGCCGGGCCGACUCUAUCCUGACAAUCAUUGGUGGUACUUUAUGGUAUAUUUUAUUAUAAUCUCUGUUCUAUUCGACUAUCUUCUACCAUUCGUGAUCAUGUUCAUCGCGAAUCACAAAGUAAUUGAUGAGCUGAGAAAGACGAGAAAGGAGAGAUCGCUGCUAACGACAACACAGCAGAAAGACCAAAACACGACGGUGAUGCUGCUCGUCGUCACCAUUCUUUUCGCGUUUUGCCAUUUCUUCGCAAUGGCUCUUAAAAUAGCUGAAAGCAUUUUUGGUGGUUUUCUCACCGCUCAGCACGAAUAUUUCGAAAUCAUCGGCGACGUUUUCAAUUUGCUUAUUGUUGUCCACAUCGCCACCACUUUCUUCAUCUAUUAUGUGUUCUCGUCAAGAUUCCGAAAUGUUUUAUUGAAUAGACAAAAAACACCUGUGGAUAGCAGCUUCACCGACAUCAACAAGCGAAGAUUAAUACAAAAAUUCGAGCAAAAUUGCAAAAGGUCCAACUAA